CGCCCCCAGCCUCCGCGCCCGGAGGAUGCAGACGCCGGGGCGAGCGGGGAGGAUGGAGGCCGGGGAGGCAGCGCCGCCGGCGGGGGCGGGCGGCCGCGCGCCGGGCGGCUGGGGCAAGUGGGUGCGGCUCAACGUGGGGGGCACGGUGUUCCUGACCACCCGGCAGACGCUGUGCCGGGAGCAGAAGUCCUUCCUCAGCCGCCUGUGCCAGGGGGAAGAGCUGCAGUCGGACCGGGAUGAGACUGGGGCCUACCUCAUUGACCGUGACCCCACCUACUUUGGGCCCAUCCUGAACUUCCUCCGGCAUGGCAAGCUGGUGCUGGACAAGGACAUGGCCGAGGAGGGGGUCCUCGAGGAAGCCGAGUUCUACAACAUCGGCCCGCUGAUCCGCAUCAUCAAAGACCGGAUGGAGGAGAAGGACUAUCCGGUCACACAGGUCCCCCCCAAGCACGUGUACCGCGUGCUGCAGUGCCAGGAGGAGGAGUUGACGCAGAUGGUCUCCACCAUGUCAGACGGCUGGCGCUUCGAGCAGCUGGUGAACAUCGGCUCCUCCUACAACUAUGGCAACGAGGACCAGGCUGAGUUCCUGUGCGUGGUGUCCAAGGAGCUCUACACCUCCCCGCACGGGCUGAGCUCUGAGUCCAGCCGCAAAACCAAGAGCACGGAGGAGCAGCUGGAGGACGAGCGGCGGCAGGAGGUGGAACAGGUGCAGGUGGAGGCAGGCAGCCUUCCCUGACAUCCCGAGUUCUCGGCUACCCCAGAGCCCCUUCAUGCUGGAUUGCCAUCCGCAGGCCUCCUGAGAUCAGGAGCUGAGCUCUGUGCAUCUCCGUGGCCCCACUGCAGGAGUUGACACACAGCAGGAGAGCCUGCCGGGUAAAUGGCGCCAAGAAUGCAAAGGGAGUGUUGUGCCGGAGAAGUGGAGGACUGGGAACCAGGAGGUGGGGCUUCCACGCCAGGCUUCACCCCCAACCGCGGGUGUGCCAAUGAGGACGGCUCUGCUCCUCUCUGCCUCAGUUUCCUCCCAGGCUUCCAGAAGGAGCCCAUCACUUGUCCCAUCCUUCGCUCUGCUCUCCGGUUCACCAAACCCCUGCCUUCCUGGGGUUGGUCCUGGGACCUGGACAACUGCCCGGGAGGUCACUCUCCUGCCCCCACUGACCUAACCUUGGCCUUCCAGACAUUUGACGAACAGACCGGGCAGGAAGCGGAGGCUCGCACAGUCGAGAGCGUGAGGUCAGUGCUCCGGGGCCCUGUUUAACCCCCAGAGCAGAGCCUCAGAUCAAACGGCUUUAUUCCACAGGGCGGCGGCUCACUUCCAGGUGAGAGUGAGCAGUGGAUGCCCGGGGGACAGGUAGGGGUGGGGGGAGAACCCUACACCCAGGGCUCCCCCACCCUUUGGCGUACGGUGGCAGCUGGCCCAGCUGGCUGUCUCCGGGGCUCUGCGGGUCCGUCCUUGAGGGUGCCUUCCAUCCACACCCCCCCCCCUCAAGUUCACGGGCUGGGAUCUGCUCGGCAUUGGCAGAGGGGAGCCCAGACACCUCUUCUGGGACCCGGAAGCCCCGUUGGUGCUGCUGAACCAUUUCCCCCACCCCCAGAGUCAGCAGUGGAGGAAGGGGGAGGGGGAGAGGGAAUCAGAAGGUGACAGGGCUGGAAUGUGAACCCCCUCAGCCGGGCCUGCUGACUAUCCCGGCCCUGGGGUGCAGGGGGAGUCGCCACCAGCUGCUGGCCCUCCUCUUCCUCCUGUUGCCCUCCCCGGGGCAGAUGUCAGGGAGCAGGUCGGGGACCACGGGACGCCACCCCCUGCCUCUGCGGGGCCCUGCUUGCCCCCAGAAAACUCGCUCCCCUGCCUCGUGGGUGCCCUGGCCACUUGAGUCCGGGAGGUGGGCCCCAGCUCCGCAGGGAGGGCAGCUCCUCAGCUCAGCACCUGCUGGAUCCAGCCAAUCACUCCUGUGAUGCGGGUGUAGACACCAAAGUAAUUGGGCCGGCCACAGCCCAGGCCCCAGCUGACCAGCCCCGCCAGGAACCAGCGGCCACUGGGCUCCUUACACACAAGCGGGCCUCCCGAGUCGCCCUGCAAGGGGGAGAGAAGAGACAGGGCCGCGUCAGGGUAAGGCGAGGGUCCUGGCCGCUGGGAAUUUUCCAGCCGACAAGAAAGUCACACCCCCUUCUGAAGCCUCUACUUGCCCCGCGCCUGGUAAGUGGAGAGAGCCCAAAGCAGCCCUGCCCGUGCUUCCGUGGGUCCUGGACGUCGCGGAAGCGUCCGCGGGUGUCCCCACGCCCCACUCACCUCUGCCUCCCUUCUGUGGGCUCCCAUCCCUUGCCACUGUGUCCCCUCGGGCAAAGUGCCUUGCAGGGGCAGGGGGCGGAACCGGGUUUGAGCCUUAGACCUGCCCCCCACGGUUCUCUUGUGAUCUGGGACAACUUGGGGCAAGUCCCUCCACCCCACCCCCACCCGGAGCCUCAGUUUCCUCAUCAAUGAAGUUGGGGCUAGCCAGCCCCGCGUCGCUGGGAGGCUGCGGGGCCUCGGCAGGCCGGUGCCAGCAGAGGGCCAGGCCGCGGGUGGCGGGAGGGCCACCUUCCCCCCGCCUCCUCUCGCCCGCCCCCGCCUCCCCCAGAGUCACCUGGCAGGCAUCCUUCUUGCCCUUCCGGUAGCCGGCACACAGCAUGCGGGGCGUCACCUGGUAGCGAUAGGCCUCGCUGCACAGAUCCUGCGGGAUCAGCUGCACAUCGACUUUCUGCAAACCGUUGCUGGUGGGGCCUGCCCCGUGCGGCCGAGGACGGAAGGCAGACAUGAGAUCUGACUCUUCCUCCCGCCCUUCCCCUUGUUCUCAGGAGCCCCCCUUCAUCUGCUCUGCUCACCCCCUACCCCUCCGCCUCACCAUCACUCGGCUCUGGCUCCUUGCAGCCCCCGGGGACACAGCCCCCCCCCCCCCAAAGCCUAUCAGGACUAGUGUCCUUCUCCCCACCCCCCAGUCCCUCCUGCUGGCGGCCUCUUGCCUGCACUGCUCGGUGACGGCUCCUGGGGGGAUCUUUCCAGAGCGCACACCUGACCCCUACACUCUUCCCCGAAAAGUUAUCAGUGCUACCCCAGCAUCCAGCCCAGUGCUUUCCCACGAGUGCUUCACGUGAGACCCCGCAGGGAGCCUCAGUCGGCACUGUGCCUGGUCCCACCCUGAGAUCUGGUUGUUUGGCCAGCGGGGGGCUCGACAGCGGUGUCUUUCUGGAAGCCCUCAGGUGGUUGGUUUUUUUUUUUUUUUAAUGUUUAUUUAUUUUUGAGGGAGAGAGUGCGAGCCAGGGAGGGGCAGAGAGAGAGAGAGAGAGAGAGAGAGAGAUUGGGAGACAGAA